AACAAAAGCUGAUAUAAACGGAUCGAUUGUCAUAUGCAGCGCCCUCGUUGGCGAUUGCAACUCGAGUAUCCGCAGUGCCGACUUUUUCUAUCAUUUUGGUGUAACAGCAGGUGUAUGCGUGCUACUGUUACGGCUCAGAGCGGUGCUGCCGUUGGGCUUACUGUCCCACUUGACAGUUUUCCACAUUGGCAUUGUGCUUUUCCGCCUGGCGAUCGGAAUCAUUGAUGUCAUCCUCGUUGAUUUUGAGAAGCGCGGCCAGUCCCUUUGCGUUUACCUCGAAAGCGCCGUUGCAAUGGGGCCCCGUUUAUACCUUUUUUGACACCGCCAUCGAUCUGUAUGUCACUAUUAUGAUUGCAUACUUUCUUGCAAGGCAUAUUCAUCAAUUGCGUGCUGCCCAAACUCAAGGGAACAUCCCAUCGUACGUUGGCAUUGUCGUACAAAAUAUACUCCGCACCUUGAUAUUGACAGUCGUCAAUCUUGCUUCGGCUGUCUUUAUACUUCGGGGGAACUCUCCAUAUGGCAUCAUGGUAAUCUGGCCUAUUGUCAAUACGCUUUUUGUAUUGCUUAUCGGUUAUGAUGUCGACCUUGCACAAGCUAUGCGUAGACUGCACUUUACAGUAUACGCACAUCGACUGCCGCCUCCGCAAACACCAGCAAUGACAUAUCCACAAGGAGGCAAUAAUCAUAAUGUAGACCCUUUCACAGCAAUAUCCUCCCAGUGUCCCUACUGUGGCCGUAGACGAUCAGACGAGUUGGCGACACCAGCAGCCCUUGACGAUGAAAGGCAUAGGUUUUUUCUCAGACAACGUGCGAUAUCAAUUACCCCUUCCUUUCUUGCCGCUACUACGCUAUCAUCCAGCAAUUCAAACGCUGAAUGUGGAAGCCGAGAAGCCUCUUAUUCUCCAAGUUAUCUCAGCGCUUUUCAGGCCUCAUGUUACGAAGAUUCGACAGUGGAUCUCUCGUCACCUCAUUCUCUACAGAGCAGUAAUCAAACUUUCACCCACCCUCUUUGUGACAAAUGUUUCUCGGCUUAAUCGAUACCACACUCACCGUCACCUAACGCUUCCACAACACCAUCACAAUGUUUACGGUCAUUCCGAGGCGUACCCGAAUAGUGCUCCUUCGCUUGCAGUAUCUAUGGAUAAAGAAGAAUUUCCCUAUGCCAACAAGAGCUUUUGGACAACGAUUUCACAGUGGUUUAACAAACGUAUCAUAGCAACUACAGUCGAUAGAAGAUACCCUUUUCACUUAUCGAAUAUACACAUACACACAUUCACACACACAAAGGUUUAAUAUACUAUGUAGUUUAAAUUUCACAAUUAUGCUCGUCUCUUGGCAUUCAUGUACAUAAUAUACUACUUACUGUCGUAUCAGAAU